UGCUGACCUUAUCGCAGGCUUGCGAUCUUUCCAUCACGUCAACCCAACUCGUUUCCCACACUCCAUCCACCGCCAUUGCAAGCACCAUGGCUAGCGUUUCGGGGCCUUCCAACGGCAGGGAUAAGCAAAUGCCUACUGGAAAUUCUGGAGGUUCUCCGGAGGACGAUGAAGCUGAAAGUCCAGGAGACGAUGAAAGCGACCCGGAGGAAGUUGGCGAUGCAGAUGGGGCAGCACCAAAGACUUGCCCUGGAAUGCCUCUGUCGUUUGUCCAUCGAUACCUCAACUUUGGUGCCUACUCCGUGCUAUCUGAGGUUGCCUCAUACUGGUCCGAGGAGAUUUAUGGAUUUCUGCUUCGGAGAGAUCUACGAGCGUACUAUCAACAUCUUAUGGAAGUUGCCACAAAUUAUGAGCAAUGGGCCGCAGCGGGAGGCAUGUUAGACAAGUUGACUGGAAAGGACAAGUGGAAAAAUGAUCCCGUAUCCCCUGACUAUGAUUAUGAGCUUUUGCAAGAUCGAUUGGCCCAAUUGAAAAAAGCGCGAGAGUCUGGCAAUAUGUCCUCCAUGAUGUUUAUGUUGCGAACGUCACUAAGUAGAAAUCUUGGAGAUGCUGGAAACCCACGGCUUUAUGGGAUCACGCACGUUGGAACGAAGAGAUUAAUUGAAGACUAUAUCGACGAAGUCAUACGACAACUUCAUUUCAUUUGCGAGGAGGAGUCUCCUCAGAUCACGCUAAAAGCCAAAUACGACUUUUUCACCCAAACGCAAAGGGCAUACGGAAGAACUGCACUAUGUCUAAGUGGAGGUGGCGCCUUGGCGCUCUGUCACGUUGGUGUGGUCAAAACCCUUUUCGAGGCAAAUCUACUUCCGCGUGUUAUCAGCGGGUCUUCUGGGGGAUCCAUUAUUGCAGCUUGCGUAUGUACGCGAACAGACGAGGAAGUGACCCAACUCCUCGAUCCCAAAAACGUUAAUAUGAACUUCUUUGAGAGACCCGGAGAAGAAUCAACCUUCUUGGCAAAAAUGCGGAGGUUCUGGAAAGAUGGAUACCUAUACGAUGUAGACACAUUCUCUCAUACGAUGCGAGAAAAUAUCGGAGAUGUCACCUUUCAGGAAGCGUUCAAUAGAACCCGACGUAUUUUGAACAUCACUGUCAGCUCGUCGACUGUAUAUGAGAUGCCAAGGCUUCUCAAUUACUUGACUGCACCCAAUGUGGUCAUUUGGUCAGCUGUUGCUGCAUCAUGUGCAGUUCCUUUUGUAUUUAAUUCUUGUCCCCUCAUUGCGAAAAAGAAGUCAGGUUUUGUUCCCUGGAAUCCGUCAGGGCAUCGAUGGAUCGAUGGAUCAGUGGAAGGUGAUCUACCCAUGACACGAAUAUCCGAAAUGUUCAACGUAAACCACUUUAUCGUGUGUCAAGUGAACCCUCAUGUCCUCCCAUUUAUGCACAAUACUCCUUCCCCAUCCAUGUUGACACGAGCCAUCAACAGUAUGGCAUUCCUAGUCCGCUCAGAGGUUCAUCAUCGACUGACACAGCUGUCAGAACUGGGAGUGUCCUCUCCAACCAUAUACCGGGUCCGAACAAUUUUAAGUCAGCGGUAUUACGGAGAUAUUACCAUCGUCCCAAGCGUUCGUAUGGCGGAUUUCACGCGAAUUCUUGGAAAUCCGGACCCGGAAAUGAUGAUCUAUUGCAGUAACCUCGGAGAACGAGCGACGUGGCCGCAGAUUUCCCUCCUACGAAACCGUUGCAAAAUCGAACUCUGCCUGGACGACAUGCUGUACCGCCUCCGAAUACGGCGCUUCAUGGAUGCACGCCUCGCAAUAGUGUCUGAAUCCCAGGGUCCCGAUUUCGAUGUCCGCUUGAUGGGUCCACCUACAGCACCUCCCUUGGCGGGCAACUCCUCCAUGGCGCACAGUUUGCCGAACGUGGUGGAGGAGUUUGGGAAGAGAAGUGUUAGGGAGACCUUGUCGAGUCCCAUGAUAAAUGAUAUGGAAUCAGAACCUGAGGAUUACUUUUCGAUCAAAUGCACGGAUGUGAAUCCGACAGGAUAACUUGUUAUGUGAUUAGGAUAAUUUUUUUGGAUACAAUGAAAGCAGAGUAAAAGUUUAUUCACAUGGCGAUCUCUUUCUCUACAACCUUAUCGAUGUUAAUGCUUGCAAUCGUCAAGAAACAAUGACCAUGUCUGUUGUGGUGGCUUGUGCUGAAGACGUGUGAAUAAAUCUUAUUACAUGAAUGUAUGGAAGUUAAAGAGAAAUGAGAAUCACGGACAAACCACCCAGAUAAAUUACGCCAUCCCAUCCUCUGGCACAUCGAGCAUAUCCGCUACCGUAUUAACAACCAUCAACACAACUGCCGACACCAUUCUCAUUCUAAAGCCCCGAUAUAGCCCCG